GGAAUCGAGAACCUUUUUGGAUGAGUGGUGCUUGGAGCCCACAAAAAUGGCAGCUGUCUCCAGCCAAUUUCCCUCCUAUACUCAAAUCCCAUAAAAUCCCACGUUAUAUAAUCUGCCCCCCACCCUUUCUUCUUCCUCACGCAUUAAGCUUAGUUAACUCUUCUUUCGUUUGCAUUCAUGUCUUCUUUCGUUAUGUGUGGAGCUUUACUGAAUCUGUUUCUUUUGUUUCUUGUUAUUCAGUUUGGAUCCAACAAUGGAUCCCCUGCGGAACAAACACUUGACCUGCAAAACCCAAAUUUCUUCAACCCAAAACUCCCACCGAGGACACUGUCUUCGAACAAGAAAUUUGAAGGUUCUUCAGAACUAGUAAACCUUCGUUACCAUAUGGGUCCAGUCCUUUCUUCCCCAAUCAACAUUUACCUCAUUUGGUACGGAAAAUGGGCACCGUCGCAACAACUCCUCAUUAAGGAUUUUCUUCUUUCCGUUUCAACUUUCAAUCAUCGUGCUGUGCCUUCACCUUCAGUUGCUGAGUGGUGGAGUACAGUCUCCUUGUACACCGAUCAAACCGGAGCUAACAUUUCUCGAUCUGUACUCAUCGCUGGAGAAUACUCCGAUCGUAAGUACUCUCAAGGUACCCACCUCACCCGCCUCUCAAUUCAAGACGUCAUUGCCGAAGCUGUCAAAUCGAAACCCUUUACAGUCGACCACAAGAAAGGGAUCUACCUAGUCUUAACUUCCGUCGACGUAACGAUGCAGGAUUUCUGCAGAGCAGUUUGUGGGUUUCACUACUUCACCUUCGCAUCGAAAGUGGGUUACACGCUUCCAUACGCUUGGGUUGGAAAUUCCGGUAAGCAAUGCCCUGAAGUCUGUGCAUACCCAUUUGCAGUGCCAGGAUACAUGGGAGGAAAUGGACCUGGUGCAUUAAAAGCCCCAAACGGUGACGUCGGGGUAGACGGUAUGAUAAGUGUUAUAGGUCAUGAACUGGCUGAGCUAUCCUCAAAUCCAUUGAUAAACGCUUGGUAUGCAGGGGAGGACCCAGUUGCUCCGACGGAAAUCGGUGAUUUGUGUGAGGGAUUGUACGGUACAGGGGGUGGUGGAGGAUACAUGGGACAGGUAAUGAAAGACAGAGAUGACCGUACUUACAACUUGAACGGGAGAAGGGGAAGGAAGUUCUUGGUGCAAUGGAUCUGGAGUCCAAUUCUCAAAGCUUGUGCUGGUCCCAAUGCCAUGGACUAGUGGACUCAAGAAUUUGUAGAUUAUUAGCUAAAAAAACUGCAUGAAGUAUCAAAAUAAAGGAAAAAAUGGAGAGAAGGGAAAGAUGGGUAGAGCACAGAAACAGAGAAAGAUGGUUUAAAAUCUCAUUAUACUACAAUUUCCUGCCUGUGAGAUGACUACUGCGUCGCAAGAAAUGGGGAAGAAGAUGGUCCAUGAGUGAGCGGUUUGCCGACUGAUUUUGGCUUUUUGGGGAGGGUAUUACUAAUUUUUUUUGUUGGAUUUAUUUCCAUUAAGUCAUAAUACUGAUGUAAAAAAAAAUAUUUAUUAAACUUCUUAUGAUUCUUAUUUACUAAUUGCAAUA